AUGCUCAGCCAGUCGACCACAUCAACCACACAGACCUCACCGAAUCAAGAACAAGGCAAACACCCUGCUCAUCACAUCCACCCCGGUACAAAUCCCGCAGAGUCCGACAGCUCACCUGCUCCUCACGACGCAUCUCAUCGCAGUGUCUCGCAGCUAGCGUCGCAUUGCCCCGCCUAUUCUCGAUUCCCCGCAACCGGCCAGCCGUCCGUCCAGCCUGUCCAGUCGCAGGUACAAGGUACCGCCAUACAAAUCUGGUGCAGCGCCAGGUACUCGCACCGUCCCGAUCUGCAUUUCCCGCACCGUCCAUCGCCCCCGCGCCGCCCCCCAGCGCACAGUCUGUACUCCAAUGUUCCCCGCCUGUUUGAGGAACUGCCGCAUACCGGUAAAUGUACGGCGCAUCCAACGUUUACGGUUGACCUCGGCGGUACUUGCUCCCGGCCUGCCUCGUUUCCUGGUCCCAGCAGCUCCAAGGUUUCCUUGCUGUUUUCGUCGCCUCAUUAA